AUGCCGACUUUCGAGUUGCACCAACUCUCUUGUUGAGUUGCACCGCGUGGUUAUCCUCAACUCGCAAUAAACUUGUUAAUUUCUGCGGAAUUAAUCAGUGAAAUUGAUUUAAAUUCCUGCUAAAAUGCUGGUGCUUUUUGAAACACCAGCUGGGUAUGCUGUUUUCAAGCUCCUAGACGAAAAGAAACUUCAAGCGACUGACAACUUAUUCAAAGAUUUUGAGACGCCGGGAAAAGCAAGCAAAGUGGUUAAAUUGAAGCAUUUCCACAAAUUUUUGGACACAACCGACGCCCUUGCAGCAACGACGGCUGCCGUUGAGGGAAAACUUUCGAAACACCUAAAAAAGCUACUAAAAAAGUUAGUGGUCCAGGAUGCUCAGGAGCAGCUUCUGGUUGCCGAUGCCAAACUUGGUGGUGUCAUCAAGGAGAAAUUCGAAAUCAACUGCAUGACCAACAACUCCGUUCAGGAGCUGAUGCGAUGCAUCAGAUCGCAGAUCGACGGCCUCUUGGGCGAUUUUCCUCAGAAGGAAAUGACGGCCAUGGCUCUUGGUUUGGCCCACAGCUUGUCACGUUACAAGCUCAAGUUCAGUCCUGACAAAGUGGACACCAUGAUUGUCCAGGCAAUUUCCUUGCUCGAUGACCUUGACAAGGAGCUCAACAACUACGUCAUGAGAUGCCGCGAGUGGUACGGCUGGCAUUUCCCUGAGCUGGGAAAGAUUGUUACGGACAAUACUGCAUUUGUGAAAAUCGUCAAACAAGUUGGAACAAGGGAGAAAAUGCUUGAGUCCGACAUGUCGGAGAUCAUUCCCGAGGACAUUGAGGCCAAGGUUAAGGAGGCCGCUGAAAUUUCCAUGGGUACCGAAAUCUCUGACGAAGACAUUGAUAAUAUCCAGAUGCUCUGUGACCAGGUGCUGGAAAUUACUUCAUACAGAGCCACUCUCUACGAUUACCUCAAGGCUCGCAUGAUGGCGAUUGCACCAAAUCUCACUGUCCUUGUUGGUGAACUCGUUGGUGCCCGCCUCAUUGCUCACGCCGGUUCUCUCCUCAAUUUGGCAAAAUAUCCUGCAUCAACAGUGCAGAUCCUUGGUGCGGAGAAAGCUCUUUUCAGGGCGCUCAAAACUAAGAGAGACACCCCUAAGUACGGUCUUAUUUAUCACGCCCAGAUGGUCGGUCAAACAAGUACCAAGAAUAAGGGCAAGAUUUCUCGAAUGCUUGCUGCUAAAGCUUCUUUGGCCAUAAGAGUCGAUGCUCUUGGUGAAGACGGAAACGUGGACUUGGGUGUGGAGCACAGGGCUAAUUUGACAGCUCGUCUUCGCAUGUUGGAGGAAGGCAAUCAGAGGAGAAUUUCUGGUGGAGGAAAGGGAUCUGGCAAGAAGACGGAGAAAUACCAAUUUAAGAGUGAGGUUGUCCAGUAUCAGCCUGAAAUGGAUUCCACGAUGCCAGUUAAAAAGAAGCGACAGUUGGUCGAAGAAGUUGGAGAAUCUUCCUCCCCUACGAAAAAGAAAGUUAAGGUUGAAGUGAAAGAUGAGCCACAAGAUGGAGAAGAAGUUACUGAACCAGUGUCUGAAAAAAAGAAAAAGAAGAAGAAAUCCCAUGUUCCUGCCGAGGAACCAGUGAAGGCAGAAGAAGAAGCACCAGAACCAGAGGAGGGUGAAAAGAAGAAGAAGAAAAAGAAGAAAUCCUCAGUUGCACCUGAAGCCAUGGAAACUGAGGAGGUAGAACAGGCGCCGGAAACCCCAAGCAGCGAGAAGAAAAAGAAGAAGAAGAAGAAAUCUAAUGUUGCUGACGAAUAAUGGGGUUGUCUUUUAUUAUCUUUCCUAUUUUCUUACAUUUUAAAUACAUAGUAUCAAGUUACUAUUGUGAAAAGAAUAAAUAAGACAAGAUUUUUAUGUUCACGACUAAAAGA